UUCAUCUCUACAGUCGUCACCAUUAAAAAUUGCUUGAAAAAGAACAAAAGACCGAAUUCGCUUUGAUAUUUUAAAUUAUAAAGCUAUAAUUUAGUAAAAUACAAUAUUGCGGCAGUCAACUUAGAACUGCUAGAACUCAAGACAUACUCGCACAUACGGGAACAACGCAAGUGGCGAUAGUAGUCCAACAAAAACAACAACAGCGACGAGAGUAAAAAACCAAACACUGCCCCAAAUUCGUGAAUCACCCAAACGAACGAAAUAAUGGAACAGACACAGAUUACAGAUUCGGAAAAAGUACGCAUUGUAUCCGAUUUUAUACUGCACGCGCCGCCCGGUGAAUUUAACGAGGUGUUCAACGAUGUCCGCGAGCUACUCAAGAACGAUGCUCUGCUCAAGGAUGGCGCCAGCCACGCCUUCUCGCAGUAUAACAAAGACCAGUUGACUCCAGUGCGCAUCGAGGGCAGCGAACACAAUGCCAUCAUCUCCGAGUACAACGAUUUGGGCAACGGACGCUUCUACGAUCCUCGUACAAAACAAGCCUUCAAAUACGACCACCUACGGAAAGAGGCGUCCGACUAUCAGGAUCUGGAGGCCGAUGCCAAUGCGGAGUCAUGGCGCGCCGCCUUGGAUCUGGAAACACUUGCAUACACUGCCAAUCACUACAGGCACGGCGUGAGCUCUGUGUUUGGAAAAUCGCAAGGUAACCAGGUGACACUGACCAUUUGCAUUGAAGACCAUCAGUUCCAGCCGAAGAACUACUGGAAUGGCAGAUGGCGUUCACAGUGGCACGUCAGUUUCCAGGCGGGCAGCGGCACCGCUGAACUGAAGGGCGUUUUAAAAGUGCAGGUUCACUACUAUGAGGAUGGCAAUGUGCAAUUGGUAUCUUCUAAGGAUUGCCGCGAGAGCGUUGUCGUGUCGAAUGAACAGCAAUUGGCCAAGGAGGUCAUACGCCUUAUUGAGGAGGCUGAGAACGAGUAUCAGCUGGCCAUCUCGGAGAACUACUCGAGCAUGUCGGAUACCACGUUCAAGGCGAUGCGGCGACAGUUGCCCAUCACCCGCACCAAGAUCGAUUGGAGCAAAAUCGUAUCGUAUAGCAUUGGCAAAGAACUGAAGACGCAAUAAGAACAGGAGCAGCAAGCGGAAGCAGAAGCGGAAGCGGAUGCGGAAGUAAAUGGCACGCCAGCAAGAUCCCAACUAAACAUGUCCAUGGCAAUGCCGGCGCAGUCGCAGUCGCAUAUUAAGAGACCCAACAGUCUUCCACUUGCAAUGGCAAAGCGCGAGAAGUGAAACCGAUUGAGAAUGAGCGAAAAGUCGCAGCAAGAAUCAUACACUAUAUACGAUCGUUAAAUGUUGGCGCUUAUGUAAUAAC